AUGAGUGGAAGGGGUGGCGAUUCACUUCGAUUACCUUCACAGAAAAUAUACCAUAGAAUAGGGCAGAAGGUAGCAUGGUGCCAAAGAUCAGGCAUACCGAAAUACGGACAAACUCUGAAGAACACGAUAUAUGGGGCAGUAGAUGUACUAGGAAUAAAACCUGGUAACACAUUGGCAGAGGAAAUUGCAAGAGGAUGGUGCAGUGCACAUAUAAUGUGGCAAGACGGGCAAAAGCAAUCACUCGACUAUGACCCCUGGGAUUUCUUCUAUUAUUGGUUAGGGGACAAAGUAAAGGGUAAUUUACUUGCAGGUCAAGAUUUUGCAGAUAUAAUGGGGAAAAUUUACGAGAAGUUACGCAGGGACGAAAAGGAAGUUAAGUACAUUAAUAAAUACCCUGAUAUCAGUAAAGACAUUUUCGAACGGGCAAAAAAACUGUUCGAUUACCAGUAUAACUACAGUGCUUUAAGUGGAAAAUUGGACGCUAGUUCAGAUUACUGUAAUGGGGAAUUCAGCAAAUACAUGAAGGGAGCUCAAGAUGCAUAUGGAAAAUUAGUAAGUAUGUGUGUUACUAACAAUGAGGGAAGUUCCUAUUGUACAAAAUUUAAGGCAAAGUUUCAAGAGAGCAAAAUUUCAGAACCAACCGACUUGAUAUGUAGAACAGUAGGGGAACUAAAAACUACAGUACUUGAAGCAACCUUAAAUCCAGAUGGAGGUGAUCAUGGACCAAAAGGUGAUGUAGGUCCUGCAGAAAUUCCAGGUGUAGGUGGUAUUGCUGGUGCUGGUACUCCAGCGGCAGCUGCUGCUUCUGCAGCAGGAAAGGCUGGAAAAGAUGCUGUAGAAGCAAGUUCACCACAAUCCCUUUCCACCACCAUUAUUCCUCCUGCUGUUGUAUUAACAGCUCUUCCAGCAGUUGGAUUUUUCCUAUAUAAAGUAAGUACUUACAUAAUUACUAAUACAUAUUAUAUAUAUGUAACAAUAGAAUAA